AUGCAGAAGCAUGGCCGGACCGAGCACGGUUGGGUCAGCCGUCGCAAGAGAGGCGGACAGCAGCAAGCCGUGCCCGACGAACAAGAUGCAAUGUUGGCCGUGCCGUGGAGAGACCACGUACAAUGCCAGCAGGUAUGCAAUUGGGGGCACGGCAAGCGUUGGUUUGAGGUUGGCCGCAACGAUGAAAGAGCGACACAGGAGGAGGCCACCGACGGUGAGGGUGAUGCCGAUCACGAGGCCAACGUCGCGUUUUUCAACAUGGUCCAGGAGGAAGGCAGGAAGGCGUUUGAGGAUGAAGCCAGCGGCCGUCGCGUCCAGGAUAUAGACGACAAGAAUGAGGCCCAUCAGUGGUUGGGUCGAUGCGGUUGGCCCCGCCAUUUGGAGGGUAUCCGCAUCGACCGGUUGAGGACAUUGUUGGAGCCGAUCAGCGAUGACGAGCCGGUGUUGCAGAGGAUGUGGGAAGUGUUGGAAAGCGUCAUGGAUGCCGCGUAUCAGGCGACGGCCCGCCAGUGUUACCCAGGCACGGCCGAGUUGUUUGAGAUUGCACGUAAAGAAGCGCAUAUGACGACGACAAAGCCGUUCCAGGGAUUGAUGGAACCCGAUGCAUGGGUGCGAUACAAGUCAUGGUGGAAGCAGUUGUUGUGCAUUUGGAAGCGAUACGACGAAUGGGAUGCAGAAGAUGGUUACGACAAUGAGAGAUUCAGUAACGGCGGAAGCAGCAGCAGCAGCAGCGACAGCGACAGCGAUACCGAUACCGACAGUAACAGCAAUAGGUCCGCGUAUGAUGAUGAUGCGGUCAGCCGCCGUUAUGGCCCAUCCGACCCACGUCCGCCGUAUAAGAUGACAAUACAGCAAGAAGAGUUGUGGAAAGCAUUCGACAACGGCAUCAGGCAGGUCGUCACGGGAGCCGACAGGGCAGGUCGGUACACAGCCGAUCGUUUGCAGCGGAGUUGUUUGGACGCCAUGGUGCAGUUUUUCGACCAUCCAUUGAAGAGCGGCAACCAUUACGAGAGCAUCGUCAUCAGCGCGUUGGCCGUUAUGGGGUUAGACGAGGGCGGCGGAUGGAAGCCCGUGGAGAAUUACACGUCAAUUUAUCCAGCCGUCAUCAAAGUGGCGAGGUAUUUAGUGUUGUACCAGUCCAUGUUGGAGCGUCAAGCACAGAUUGACCAGUUGGCCCAAUACGCAACCAUCCGUCAGGCCGAGGAGGAGGCCGAGGGAUUAUUCAGGAUCGUGCGACGCAAGGUGCGGCGGUUCAUGAUCCGCAUCCCCGAGGGAGAGGAUAUCGAGCCGUCGCCGAUGAAUUGGAUCAUCAACACGCGAACAUACGGCAUGCACAUUCGGUAUUCGAUGCCCGGUUCCGAGAUGAUCGAGUGGCAUGGCGAUCAGAUUUCAUGCAACAGGGUCAAGAUCAAGAUGAGCGAGAUAUCCGACAUGUUGCAUGCAUUCAUCGGGGAUGCACGGCAGACGAUCGAGGAUAGGCAUGGCGAAAGCGCGUUGGAGCAUUCAUUUUUACAGGAUGAAGCCAACCAGAGUUGGGUCAUCAAGGGCGACAGGUGGGUGCAAAAGCAAGUUGCAGCAAGCAAGGCCAAGAUGGAGGCAUGGAUCGCCAAGCCGCACAAUGAGGCGUGCCCGUACCGAGAAGAGGCAAUCCGACGGUACAGCCGUUUGAUAGAGGAAUUCAGGUCACAGUUGUUCGUCGCGAUGCACAUGUUGGGAGGCCAGCCGGCACGGUCCACCGAGAUUUUGGGGAUACGGAUGUGGAACACGAUGAACGGCGGAGUGCGCAACAUAUUCAUCCACGACGGCAUGGGUUAG